AUGACGAUUGACGAUGGAAAGAACAUACGUGACUCGACCGAUACGGACGUCAUCUCUUUUAAGGGGAGAGCAAUGGUAAACCAGACCAAACCUCGCAACGAUCUCCUUGUCAUCGAGUUGACGAUUAAGAACAUCGACGUCGCGAGAGUCAUAAUCCAUACUGGAAGCUCGGCUAAAAUUAUUUUCAAAAACACCCUCGAAAGAAUGAAGAUUGACCCGUACGAAAUCGCGGAAAACCCUAGCCCGCUAGUAGGACUCUCAAGGGAGACCACUAUGGCUCUCGGGUCAAUUAACCUCACAGUCAAAGCUGGAACCAUAGAAAAAAUCGCAGAGUUCCUAGCAAUUCCAUCAACGUACCAUCUUUGCCUCAAAUUCUCAACCCCUCGCGGAAUCGAAACAAUCUGGGGAAACCCGAGGGUGGCACAAGUCUGCUUUGCCGCAGAACUAAAACGAAAACAAUCGGAUUCCGAGACCACUCCUAGGAAAAAGUUGGCCUCCGAGAAAAAAUCCCAAGAACGAGAUUCGGAAGAACUCUUCUGGCAAUUGCGGAAAGCUGAGAUCCUAGAAGGAAAGCGCGAGCCGACCUGCGAACCCGUGGUAUCAGUAUGUCUUGAAGAAGCAUUCCCCGAACGAUGCAUCGAGAUUGGAGCCAACCUCCAUGAACCUAUAAGGACUAACCUCAUAACUUGUCUAAAAAAUAAUCUCCACGCGUUCGCCUGGGCUACGGAAGACAUGCCAGGGAUUGACAUCAACAUAACCAGCCACGAGCUGAAUAUCGAUCCAACCUUCAAACCAGUCAAACAGAAAAGACGAAAGUUGGGACCUGAGCGCGCUACUGCGGUCAACGACGAAGUCGAAAAACUGCUUAAAGUCGGAUCGAUAACAGAAGUAAGGUACCCAGACUGGCUCGCCCACCCUGUAGUGGUCAAGAAGAAAAACGGAAUGUGGCGAGUGAUGCCCUUCGGCUUCAAAAACGCCGGCGCAACUUAUCAACGACUCGUGAACCGGAUGUUCUUCGAACAACUCGGUAAAACUAUGGAGGUCUAUAUCGAUGACAUGCUCGUCAAAUCCCUCCAUGCGGAAGAUCACGUGUCUUAUCUUGAGGAAUGUUUCACGCGACUAAACUUGCACAACAUGAAGCUUAACCCGGCAAAAUGCAGAUUCGCCGUAGCAUCGGAAGAAUUCCUCGGUUACCUAGUGACGUACCGGUAUCGAAGCUAA